CGACACUGGCCACGACAGCAUCAACACCAGCAACCACCACUAAACGUACCAACCCGCCAGACGCCACCCCGCGCCUUUCGCCCAUGCUGCUGGCAGCAAGAGAGCACUCGAAGCUUCAGUAAUACACCGCCUCACCGGCCCGCAGCGCUCCCAACCACGACGAAAAAGGCCGCCUUCAAUUCCUAAUCACCGAGGGGCGACCUCUCGUCAUCGCAGCCAUGGCGACAAAAGCACCCGACGACCUCAUGGAAGACCCGGCCCUCUACAUCUUUACCUCACUCACCGCCGGCUCAGCCCAUAUCGUCACUGCCACCUCGCGCCUCGAAACCAUCCUCCGCGCCAACCGUGUCCCCUUCAAGGCCCUCGAUAUAGCUGUCGACCCGCGGGCUCGCCAGCUUUGGGGCCGCCGUGCCGGCAAGGAUCCUUCCGGCCGGCAGCGGAAGCUCCCCGCCCUGUUCCAGGAAGGCUUUCUCGUCGGUGACCUGGUCGAGAUCGAAGAGUGGAACGAGUACGGCGAGCUCAAGGAGCAUGUCAAGAUCUAUCAUGACGAGUUCACCAUCCCCACAAAGGAGCAGGCCGCCGCAAUGGUGCCCCGGAUGACCAAGAAGCCCGUCGCACAGCCCGUGGCCUCGCAAGUGCCUGCCGGCGCCGCCGGUGCUACCAAAACCGAGAACCAGAAGCCGACAGACGCGCCGAAGACGCCCGCCGCCAACGACCCGAUGCGGGGGCUUGCCGAGCAGGCAGCACAAAAGGCCAAGCAGCUCAAGUCGGAUAGUCUGCAGGCCAAGGCGCAGCCGAAGAAAGACGCCGCUGCGGCAGCAACCACGGCAGCCAAGGCUGACGACAAGGCUGCUGCUGCUAAACCAGCUGAGAAGACCGGUGCGGCCACAAAGACAGCAGCAAAGAAGGACGAAGCCGCAAAGGCUGAUCCGGCAGUGGCCGCUGCGACAAAGGGCGUCAGUAACCUCACGAUAUCGGCGGACAAGAAGGAGCCUGGUGCGACCAAACCGACGGAAUCUGCCGCUGCCGGACUUCAAAGUCCCACAUCAGGAGCUUGGAAGUCUGGAGGCGGACCCACAGGAUCGGCAGACAAGGGCUUGCAGAGCCCUACGACUGGCAAGUGGGCGGCCGGGACAACCUCUCUAGCCGGAGCUGCUGCUGCUGCUGCUGCUGCUGCUGCUGGAACCAAAGACAAGAAGGCUGCCGAGAGCUCUGACGACGAUUCGGACGAGGAUGAGAGCGAUUCAGACGACUCCGACGAUAGCGACGAGGAUGAGGACGACUCAGAUGAGGAGGCCAGCAAGAAGCAGAAAGCAGAAGAGGUCAAGAAAGCCGAGCCAAGCAAGGCCACAGAAGUGAAGAAGGAUGAAGCCAAGAAGCCAGAGGUCAAGAAGGACACAGUACAACCAGCUGCCAAGAAGGACGAUGAGGAGGACGAGUCUGACGACGACGAUUCUGAAGAGGAGUCUGAUGAUGAUGACGAGGACGAGGACGAGGACGAUGAUUCUGACGAUGAGGAGGAGGAGGAGGAGGAUGACAAGACGAAGCAAGCCGCCGGGGCGGCAAAGAAGACGGACGCAACAGCCAAAUCUGCCACUGCUGCUCCUGCUGCCAAGUCCUAGCAAUGUUUUGCGAUGUCUGGAGUAGCACAGAACGACCGGGAACAAGUUGUUCGUAGGACAGGGGGUGAUGUAGUUGUAUGCAUGUUUUGUAGCGGGCGGCGGCGAGUGUCAAUUUUCCCUGGUUUCUCUUCAACAAGCGAAGCAUAUCUCCAACCCAACACUACUCUCUGUCCACGCACCUACAUUGCCUGCCCUGUGAUUAUCCGCAAGCUUGUGUGCUGCCCGAACUUGACAUGGUCAUCAUUCUUUGUCAUUGCUCAACAGCGCAGCCUUCGGAGCCAAUCAAGUACGGACAAUGCUCUCUC